AUGUCGGCCACCUCCUCUUCUCCUCCUCUACUCUCCCUCGCCUCCGACCGCACCUCCUCUUCUUCCUCCUCUCGCCCUUCGCCGGAGCCGACACUGCCGCUUCCCUCCUUUUCUUCCCCGGGACAAUGCUGCUCCAGCCGACGCCGCUGGCUUCCCACUCUUCUUCUCCCUCUCUCGCCGCCACUCUCGAGCGACACCGGCCUCUCCGCCUCCUCCUCUCUCCUGCGACUAACACGACCGCCGGUCAUAUGUCCUCCUCGCGACGCCGCUGCCGGACUGACAACCUCCCUCUCCUCCUCCCCGCGUGACGCUGCUGCCGGACCGACAGCCUCCCUCUCCUCCUCCCUGCGUAUCGCCGCUGCCGGACCGAAAGUCUCUCUCUCCCUCCGCCUCGCGACGUUGCCGCUAGACGCACGCCGCUGUGCGCUUUCGGCACUGAUCGAGCCUUCGAGUCAUCGUUGUAUUCAGGCCUUCGGGAGGUGGUUGUAUUUCGACUCGUGUGCUUAUGUUGUAUUCUUGUCCGUAUAG